AAAAGUUUAACGAUAAGAUAUUCGUCACAUUUUAACACUUAAAUUUGAACAUUGGAUUACAAUUAGUUCUCAAAUAUUGCGGCGCUGUAGUUGUCAAAAACAAGUUUUGUUUUUUAUACUUUCUGAUUAUACAUUUGUAAUUUUUACAAAUUAACAGAUUAUACUGACUCUACCAACUUAAAAAAUUAUUAAUGAUGAUUUAUGUCAUCAAUAAAUUCUUAAUAUUUAUAAACAUUUAAACAUGUAUCUAUUAUUAAUUUUUUGAUAUUAUUAGAACUUUACAAAUAUAUAUAAUUAUUAUUAAUUUGAGAAUUGUAAAGUUUUAUCUUUUGUAUUGCACUUGUAUAAUUCAAAUAUGUUGACUCAAAAGUAUCUUUAUUUUAAUACGAGAAUACAUCAAAUAUUAUAUAAACAAUUAAAAAAUUUCUAUUUUCAUAAAUACAAUUAUUCUAAAGCAAAUGAUGUAAAUGUAGAAGAUGGCGAAAGAAUGACAGAUUUUGGUUUUAAAAAAGUCAAAGAAAGUGAGAAAGCUAAAGAAGUUCAUACAGUGUUUGAAAAUAUUGCAAACAAUUAUGACAAGAUGAACGAUAUAAUGAGUUUAGGUAUUCAUCGGCUUUGGAAAGAUAUAUUCAUUCAAGAAUUAGCACCUACUCAUGGAACUCGUCUCUUAGAUUGUGCGGGUGGUACAGGAGACAUAUCCUUUAGAUAUAUAAAUUUUUUAAAAAAUACUAAAAAUAUUAAUAAUGUAGAAAGCUAUGUAACAGUAAGUGACAUAAAUGAACAUAUGUUAGAUGUUGGUAAAAUAAGAGCAGAAAAAUUAGGAUAUACAGUAGAAAAUAACUUUAACAUUGAAUGGAAGAAAGAAGAUGCUGAAAAUCUUAGCUUUCCUGAUGAAUCAUUUACAGUAUAUACAAUAGCAUUUGGUAUAAGAAAUGUUACUCACAUUGAUAAGGUGCUAUCAGAAGCAUACAGAGUACUCAAACCUGGAGGUAGAUUUCUAUGUUUAGAAUUUACUCAUCUUGAAAAUGAUUUUUUACAAUGGCUUUAUGAACGAUACUCUUUUCAAGUAAUACCAGUGAUAGGUACAUUAGUCACUGGAAAAUGGGAGCCUUAUCAAUAUCUUGCAGAAAGUAUAAAAAAGUUUCCAAAGCAAGAAGAAUUUAAACACAUGAUAGAUAUGAGUGGUUUCAGAAAUACUAGUUAUAAAAAUUUAUCUUGUGGCAUAGUAGCUAUACAUUCAGGAUUUAAAAUCUAAAGAUAAUAAUAUUGUUAUAAAAGUAGGAAUGUAAAUAAAUGUAAAAGAGAAAUCUA